AUGGUUCCUACAGCGUUCUCCGUCAUCUUCAGUGAGUCAAACACACUGUAUUUGGUUCCAGGUAAAAGAGCCCUGGAGGAAGAAAUUAAGGAGAUCAAAUCAGCCCGUGACAUUUUGCAGAAAGAGCUGACAACUUUACAAAUUGAAGCUUACAAACUGGAAGGACACCAUAAAGAAAAAGAAGAGUUGUGCAGGAAGCUGCAGUUCCAGUGGGAAGAGUCUGAGCAAGACGCUGUCAGGCAUUUGAAGCAGAACAAGAGAAGCGAGGAACUGCUGGAACAGUACAGAUGUGAAAUUCAGGAGUUAAAGCUUAAGCACCGGAAGCAGCGGAUGAAGUUUGAAAACCAACUUCAUCAACUGAUAGAGCAGCAUAAGAAUCUGCACUCUGUCUUUACUCCAGAAAUGCUCCCAGAUGAAAUAGAGAGUGCUGAGAAUAUAACACGUCAGCUGUUAUCAGCUGAACAAAUGAAGUUGGCUCAGCUGCACCGUCUCUACGAGGAGCUCGACGAGAUAGAGAAGGCCGCCUGCGACACAGCUGCAGAGAUUCAGGAGUGAAAGGGAGUAGUUUAUAGCAUUACAGGGUCCCUCGUUUUCUCCCCAGUAAGUUGAUCAGUUCUUACAGGUCCAAACCUUAAAUCUCACAAACGUGGCUUUUUUUCAAGAGAGAAGCAGGAUCCUCCUAAACCCGGUUCUGUGAGACAGGAACACUUAAAUGGGCUUGCUUUGAUGUAUUCUCAAACCUGCAAUAUUUUACAUUUUGAAUGUUAAAUGGUGUUUAGUUGCGGUAGUAGUGUCCUGUAUGGAUAUGUUGCUAUGUUCAUAUUGUGUAUUUAU